AAUUUCUCCUUUCCCCUCAGAGCUCUACCUGCGCGGAGACCAGAAGAGCCCAGAAAACGAGAAAUGUCGGCGUGUCGUUGGAAAACCUUCGACGAAGAUGAGGACAGGCCGGAGAAGCCCCGCCGUUAUGGGGUUACCGAGAUGCGUGGUCCUAAUCAUACUCUGUUGAGCCAUAAUGUUCUUCAGGAUAUUUUUGAGUCCAUGGGGCAGUUUGUUGAUGGGUUGAAGUUUUAUGGGGGUUCUCACAGUCUGAUGCCAAAAUCUUUCAUCAAAGAAGUGAUUGACACGGCUCACCAACAUGAUGUGUAUGUUAGUACUGGUGGCUGGGGUGAACAUCUGCUUCGUAAAGGUCCAUCGGCUUUCAAAGAAUAUGUUGAGGAGUGUAAGCAAAUGGGCUUUGACACAAUUGAACUGGAUGCAACAUCACUCGGAAUCCCUGAAGAAACUCUUCUAAGAUAUGUGCGCUUGAUUAAGAGUGGUGGUCUGAGAGCGAAACCCCUGUUUAUGGUGAAAUUCAACAAGUCUGACAUCCCCUUAGGAGGUGAUAGAGCAUUUGGGGCUUAUGUUCCUCCAGCACCCCAGUCAUCUGAAUUGGUUGAAGAUGUUAAUCUCUUGAUCAGAAGGGCAGAAAGAUGCUUAGAAGCUGGGGCAGAUAUGAUCAUGAUCGAUGCAGAAGAUAUUUGCAAAAAUGCUGACUCUGUAAGGGCAGACAUAAUUGCCAAGGUAAUUGGGCGCCUAGGCCUUGAGAAAACCAUGUUUGAAGCAUCUGAUGCCAGCACUUCUGAAUGGUUUGUCAAGCAAUAUGGACCUAAGGUGAACCUGUUUGUGGAUCACUCCCAUGUGAUGAAUCUGGAGUGUCUCCGUGGACGAAACCUGGGCAGCAAUCAUUCCUCUGUUCUUGGUUCUUCAUAUUUUCUGUUCUAAGCAAAUAAAGUUUUGUAAAGACGUAUUGUUAUUUGUAAUGUGACACAUGUUUGCUGUCUGGCUGUGACGAAAGUUUAAAGUGCAGAAAACAACAUGCUUUAUUUAUAAAUUUUGCUUCAUCUCAGCUUUAAGAUAACUACUUGGCAUUCUUUUCAAUAUAGGCAAAAAUAAGCA